AGCUUGUAGAUUGCAAUUCCAAUAUAGUCUGUGAAAGAGGAGGUCUGACCUAUCCGGAAGUGUACAGAGCCAUCAAAAAUACCUAUCUUGCGACGGAGGGGGUGUAUCCGUAUGUAGGGACUGAUGGACAUCCUUGUAACCAAAACAACGUCGAGGAGGGCGUUGCCAGCUUGUCGGACUACCGAAACCCUACAACUGAAAGCGCCAUAAUAACAGCUCUUCGGAAUGGUCCGCUACCUUCGAGGGUGGUUGGAAGCUACUU